AUGCCAUACGAUGAGUCAAAAUAUUUUACCCCAACAAAACCACGAGCAGAGUGGAUAAGAACAUUAUACUUAACGCCGCCAUUACCUGCAACACCGCCUCCAAGCCCAGCAUGUUGGCAGUCGCCAAAAUGUCAGACUCAGCUCCAAUACUCGCCAGUAGCGUCGCCAAGUAUGAGUUACUGUCACUCUCAGUGCCUGCAGCGUCAAAACACGCCAGUGAUGCCAUCGAGCCCAGGUUAUCAUGCGGGACAGUAUAAUCAGGCCCAAAAAAUUAAAAUGUCUCCGUCAAGUGCAGGUUAUUAUGCCGGAGAAUAUAAUACCUUAGCGUCAUUGAAUUCCAAUUAUCAGCAUUACGGAUUAUGCUGGGAUCAGUACCAAAAUUCUAUGGUCCAAUCGCCAAGUCCAGCCUACGAGCAUAAUUUACCGUGUCUUCAACAGCAAAGUGCUCUGAGAUCGUCACCAAAUCUAAAUUAUCAAAACACUUUGCACUCUUCUUACGAUCACCAGUAUGCAGGUACUCAAAGUCCUGGAAUGACUUCGAGUUAUUGGAGCGCUCACCAGAAUCUUUACCAGUGGCCAAAUCCCGCGCCACCAGCAACUACAGGUUGCGAGUACGCUCAUCAAUACCCUCUUCAAUGUAAAAGUAGUCCAAAAAUACCUGUUGAUUCACCUGCACAGCAUGAACCUCAAGUUAAUACGCUAAUUACUCCAGUAAGCUCCAUUCAAGACUUGGAUAAAAUAAUCCAAGAUUUUGAAAUGGGUUAUUCGUCUCCUCGGAAGAAGGAUAAUGUCUCACCUGUUGGGGCUGGAAAAUUUGUCAAGAAAAUGAACUCUUCAACUCAAAAAUCGUUCAACGAAAUAUUUACCUCCAGAAAAAGUGGUGAAAAAACAAUUUCUUCCAUCAACAACCACCAGCAGAAGCCAAUAAACCGCUGUCUGAACGAUACUUUUAUUCUCGACGACAAUGACAAUCUCGACAUGGAAGUAGAAACCGAAGUACAGCCUCAAUUCGAGCCUGACCCUGAUCCAGAUCCUGAACCUCAACCUCAACCUCAACCUCAACCUCAAUAUAAAAUCCAAGUUCAGGACAGCAUACCAAUUUACAUGGACACCGAAGUAGUUCUGCGAAGAAAAAGAGCCUCAGAGCCUCCAGCAAGAUCAGAUUCAUUCCAAAUGCCCAGCGCUCCGAAAAUAGUUGCCGCUAAAUUAAAAACUCCAAUUGAAUUUGACGACGACACUGAGAUAGAGUGGAUCCCAGUAACAAAUCAGAAGCUACCGCGUAAGAAUUCAUUCAAGAAGCUUCUUACAUUGUUGACUGGAAAGAAGAAUCCAAUGAAGGGAAGCAAAUUUUUCUGCAACCUGAACAAGAGCAACACCGAGACUAAAUCACCACAACGGGACUCGGGAUACGUUGAAAAAUCAUCAUCAUCUUCUUCUUCACUUUCUUCUCAAGGCUCGACUAAAGCUCCAAAGCAACACUCAAAUUUAUCGAGCUUCCAUCAACCCUCGGAAAAUCAUAUCCAGAAUUGGCUCGGGCUUCCUUCAGAGAAAAAUAACAAUAACAAUAACAUGAUUGCGGAUGAUAAAUUGAUUAAUAAAAACCAAAUAGUAUUUGAAGAACUAGGUAGAGGUGACGUUAGAGUAUCACUGGGUCCAUUGUACCCAGCCCGGUCCAAGAAUAUUUUCACAGACAUCAAGAGAAAAUUGAAGGAAAACAGCAUGAGAUCUGGCACAUCAAACCCACCAAAAGUCUCCAAAAAAUCAAAGGACUUAAUUAACAGCUCGAUUUUUUCCAAUACUUUCAAAAUUCCACUCACCUCUUCAAAGUAUUUAAAAUCAUCGUCAAGCUCUCUAAAGUCAAAGUCUUCACGCAACAGCCUGGUAGAACAGGACCUGGACGAUUCUUAUAAAUCAUUUGACGAAGCUAUCUCUCCCCCAGAACUUCCAUCGCCAAUCUGGGAGUUUCCGUCCAGCAACAACAGCAACUCUACCUACAAUCUAAAGAAUGAUUGGUCUCAAUCCGAGCCACAACUUUUCUCUGUUAUGCUGAGUGAGACUCACCGAUAUACGAUGCCUGAUUGUGGUUAUGAUGAUAUGAUCUAUGACGUUCCAAGGUCUAACGGGCCAGGAAGACCCAAGUCCAGUAUUUACGAAGAAGCUUUGUCUGUAAAGAGACGCACCGAGAGCUUUGAUUCAAGUUCAAUCACAGCGACUGAUAACUAUUUUGUGCAACAAAUUGAAGAACCGAGUAUUGAUUUGAGACCUAAAGUUUUAUCGAGUCAACAGAUUCUCACGUCGAUGGCACUAGACGAAACGAAUCAACUCCGCGCGCCUUAUUUGGUUAAUAGUCUUAAAAUUAGUCGAUAG